CACUGCGGCUGCUCCACAGGCCUCCAGCCAGCCUGUCCAGGGCUGUGGCACUGGUGCUUAUGACGAUACCACUGCUGCUCCAGUGACCACCACCCAGGCCUCCUAUGCAGCUCCGUCUGCCCUCAGCACUCAAUCUGUCUAUCCAACAUAUGGGCAGCAGCCAGCAGCCACUGCACCUGCAAACCCGCUGAGACUAGUCAGCCUCAGCCUAGCACAGGAGUUUGAGAAGCAUUCCACUGUGAUGGCAGAGGUUAUCAAGAUGCAGGAGCAUCUGAAAAAAAAAGAAGACCUCAUCGGCGACUUGGAAUCGCAGCUCAACCAGACCCAGGCGGAGCAAGCUGCACAGUUGAGUUCCAUGCAGCAGGUGGUCCGAGAGAAAGAUGCCCGCUUUGAAACACAGGUUCGUCUUCACGAAGAUGAGCUUCUUCAGUUAGUAGCCCAGGCAGAUAUGGAAACACAAAUGCAAGAGGUUCUGAUUCAGCAGUUAAAGCAGCUGGAAUCUGAACACAGUACUUUAAAGACAACUCUGGAAACAGAAAGACAAGCAUGCAAGAUUCUGAUGGAAAAGAUGGAACUUGAAGUAGCAGAGAGAAAAUUAUCCUUCCAUAACUUACAGGAAGAAAUGAAUCAUCUUUUAGAAGAGCUUGAGCAAGCAGGCCAAGCUCAGGCUGAACAGGAGUCACAAUACAGAGCCUUGGAGCAAAAACACAACACAGAAAUGGGAGAGAAGACUGCUCUCAUUUUGAGUCUUCAGAAGACGGAACAAGAAUUGCUGUCUUCCUGCGAUGCCCUCAAGAAUCAAAAUGCAAAGCUCUUCCAAGAGAAGAGUGAACAAUCAGUUCAGUCAGCGCAGGCAAUUCAACAUCUGGAAGAUCAACUUCAUGAAAAAUCCCAAGAAAUUAGCCAAAUUUUAACUCUGUCAACUGUGCAAAAACAUGAAACGGCAUCUCAGACUAUUGUCCCGGAUGUUUGUAAUGAAGGCAUACAGGCGUUCACUGAGGAGACUGUUGCCUCUCUUCAGAAGAGAGUGGUAGAACUUGAGAAUGAAAAAGGCGCAUUUCACCUUAGCCCUAGAGAGGUAGAGGAACUGAAAGAGGAGAAUGAAAAACUGUCUUCCCAGAUUACUCUCAUGGAGGCUCAAAAUAAAACUGGAGAAGCAGAUAGAGAAGUGUGCAUGAGUGAUAAUACCAGGCUUAACAACAGCAGCUCUUCUACUGAGGAAAGUGGGCAAGAUAUCUUAGAGAAUACAUUUUCCCAGAAACAUAAAGAAUUAUCAGUUUUACUAUCGGAAAUGAAAGAAGCUCAAGAGGAGAUUGCAUUUCUUAAGAUGCAAUUACAGGGCAAACUGACUGAGAGGGACCCGCAGGACCUUGGCCAGAAAGAAAUGAAACCAACAGACAGUGAAGGAACAGGGCAGGAUUUCCCUUUAAUGUCAAAUGAAGAGAGCAGUCUUCCAGCAAUUGAGAAAGAAAAGCAUCAAAAUAGAACAUCUGAGGAAAUGCCUUGUAGUGACUCUGAAAUAGCAUUGAAAUCAGCAAAGCAGGAUGCUGUUGAUCAAUCCCUUUCUGUAGUACCAGAUAUUAAUCAAUGUCAGCAGGAUGAGCUGACAAGGUUAAAAAGUCAAGUUUCGGAGCUUGAGAUAAACUUUCAUAAAGCAGAAGAAAACUAUGAGAAAAAUUUAGAUGAGAAAACUAUGGAAAUAAGGAAGCUGACACAGCUGAUUGAGGAGUUUAAGAAAAAUGCUGAAAAUACAAGCAGUGCAUUCUCUGCUUUGUCUGAAGAAAGAGACCAGCUUCUUUCCCAGGUAAAGGAACUUAGUGUAAUAACAGAACUGAGGGCUCAGAUACAACAACUAGAAGCAAAUCUCACAGAAGCCGAAAAGCAAAGACGACUAGAGUAUGAAAGCCAGACUGCUCAUCACAACUUACUUACUGAACAGAUCCACAGUCUUAACAUAGAAGCCAAAUCCAAAGAUGUGAAAAUUGAAGCGCUACAGAAUGAACUAGAUGGUAUGCAGCUUCAGUUCUCUGAACAGAGUACACUGAUUAAAAACCUGCAGAGCCAGCUGCAAAAGAAGGAAAAUGAAGUACUUGAGGGGGAGGAACGUUUAAGGGCUAUUUCAAAUAAGAUGGAAGAACUUUUACAUGCUCUUUCACAGAAGGAACUUGAAAUAGCAAAACUGGAUCAAGUUUUAUUAGAGAAAAAGAAGGAUGUGGAAACCCUUCAACAAACCAUCAAGGAGAAGGAUCAGCAAGUAACAGAAAUCAGCUUUAGUAUGAGUGAGAAGAUGGUUCAGCUUAAUGAAGAGAAGUUUUCUCUUGGGGUUGAAAUUAAAACUCUUAAAGAACAGCUGAAUUUACUAUCUAAAGCUGAAGAAGCAAAAAAAGAGCAAGUAGAAGAAGAUAAAGGUGGUCUUAAACAUAAUUAUGAUGAGUUGAGUCCAACAGGGCUAAUAAGUAAAGAAGAACUUCAACAUGAAUUAGACCUAAUAAAGAAAGAAAGUGAGCAGAGAAAGAGAAAACUCCAGGCGGCUCUUAUUAAUAGAAAGGAACUUCUUCAAAAAGUCAGUAGACUAGAAGAAGAAUUAGCCAAAGUGAGAGAUGAAUCUAGGAAAGAGGUCCCACACAGUGCAAGCGAGAACAGGGAAAUGGAAGAAGAUAAAGAGAACAAAGAAAAGUCAGAAAAAUGUAUGAGUUCCAAAUGCCACGAAAUAGAAAUGUAUUUAAAGCAGACAAUAUCUGAAAAGGAAGAAGAACUAGAGUAUGUAAGGAAGGAUUUGGAAGAAAAGAUGGCAGCUGAAAAGCAGUUACAGGCUAUGGUCAAACAGAUUAAUCAGAACUUGCAAGAUAAGACAGACCUAAUAGACUUGCUUCAAGUGCAAAUCACAGAAAACCAAGCAGUUAUUCAUAAUUUAACCACAGGUAAUAAGGAUUCAGGUGAUGGAGACUCAGCAGCACCUGUAAAAGAAAUUGUGACAAUCAAUUCAUCUGAUACAGGUAGCGGAGAACAAUGGAAACCAGAACUGGAGGAAAAGAUACUGAACCUUGAAAAAGAAAAGGAACAGCUUCAAAAGAAACUACAGGAAGUGUUAGUCUCACGCAAGGUGAUUCUCAAAAAGGCACAAGAGAAAGAAAGAAAUUUUAAGGAGGAGCUCAAGCAACAGAAAGAUGACUAUAAUCACUUGCAAGAACAAUUUAAUGAACAAAGUAAGGAAAAGGAGAACAUUGGAGAACAACUAAGACAACUCCAGAUUGAAGUAAGGGACUCCUUAGACAGAAAGUGUGUCACUGACCAGGAGGAAUCAAGCUCUUCCACUCAAGGUUUAGAGGAUCCUUUGUACAAAGCCACAGAGCAGCAAGUUGCUAAACCUAUUUCAGAGUCCUACUUGAGCCCAGACAUGCCGUCUCAACCUGGAGAUGCAAAUGCUAUUCAGAGUAACACUACUAUUGACCAGAUUAAGGCCCAACUGAAAGAAAUAGAGGCUGAGAAAGAGGAGUUAGAAUUGAAGGUUAGUUCUACUACAAAUGAGCUUACUAAAAAAUCAGAUGAGAUAUUUCAAUUACAAGAGCAGAUUGAUAAACAGGAUUUAGAGAUCCAGAGUCUGAAGACAGCGACCAGUGAAGCUGAAGCCUCUGUAGAAAGCUUGAAGCUGACACUGGAAAGCAGUCAACUAGAAAUUGUUAGAUUAGAGCAUCUCAGAGAAUUACAGCCUGCACUAGACGAACUGCAAAAACUCAUAAGCAAAAAGGAAGAAGAAGUGAGCUACCUUUCUGCUCAGCUUAGUGAGAAACACAAAAUCUUUACCAAAAUGCAGACAGAGACAAUAGAACAAGAGGAAUUAAUUAAGGCUUUACAUAUACAACUGGAAAUGCAAGCCAAAGAAUAUGAUGAGAAGAUAAAGCAGUUACAGGUGGAGCUUGGUGAGACAGAGCAAAAAACAAAAGAAAGUGAAAAAGAAGGUAAAGCAAAGCAACAGAUACAGAGGAAACUGCAGGCUGCUCUUAUUUCCCGAAAAGAAGCACUAAAAGCAAACAAAGACCUCCAAGAGGAGUUGUCUUUGGCCAGAGAUAGCAUUGAAUGUCUUACCAAGUCUUUGGCAGAUGUAGAAAGCCAGGUUUCUGCUCAAAAUAAAGAAAAAGAGACAUUUUCAGAAAGGUUCGCUUUUCUUCAGGAAGAGCGAGACAAACUUAUUGCAGAAAUGGACAAGUCUUUAUUGGAAAAUCAAAGUCUCAGUGGCUCUUGUGAAAGUUUGAAACUAGCUCUGGAGGGUCUUACUGAAGAUAAGGAAAACUUAAUGAAGGACAUUGAAUCAUUGAAAUGUUCUCAGAUUGCAGAAAACACUGAAUUGCAAGAGAAACACAAAGAACUACAAAAAGAGUAUGAAAUUCUUCUGCAGUCCUAUGAGAAUGUUAGUAAUGAGGCAGAAAGAAUUCAGCAUGUGGUGGAAGCUGUGCGGCAAGAGAAGCAAGAACUAUAUGGCAAGUUGAGAAGCACAGAAACAAGCAAGAAAGAGACAGAAAAGCAGUUGCAGGAAGCUGAACAGGAGAUGGAGGAGAUGAAAGAAAAGAUGAGAAAGUUUCCUAAAUCUAAGCAGCAGAAAAUCCUAGAGCUAGAAGAAGAAAAUGACCGACUAAGAGCAGAAGCAGAGAUUCACCCUGCAGGACAUACAUCUAAAGAAAAUAUGGAAGCACUUCUUUCUUCCAAUUCCAACAUGAAGGAGGAGCUAGAAAGGGUCAAAAUAGAAUAUAAAGCCCUUUCUAAGGAGUUUGAGGCUUUAAUGACUGAAAAGAACCUUAUAAAUCAAGAGGUUCAAGAUUUAAAGCAUCAGAUAGAAGAGAAUGUUUCCAAACCAGCUAGGCUAGAAGCCACUAAGAAACACGAUAACCAAAUGCAUAAUAUUGUUGAGACAACACAGUCUGUGUUUGUUGAAGCAAAAGAGAAAGACUCUCUGAGUGUAAGUACAAGGCCUGAACAUACAGAAUCCAUUGUGUUAGAGAAAAGUGCCAAGAGCAAUCCUGACCUAAGUGAGAAUAUCAGCUCACGUUGUGAAAUUAAGAACUACCUACAGCAGAUUGAUGAGCUCAAAGGAAAAAUUGCUGAGUUAGAGAAGGAGAAGCAUGAAAUCAAGGAAAUCAGUCAGGCACUGGAAAAUGAGAGAAAUACCUUACUGAAUCAAGUAUUUUCAAAGAAUGGUGAACUUCAAAUACUUCAGGAAGAAGUAACCAAAAUAAACUUGUUAAAUCAGCAAAUCCAAGAAGAAUUGUCCAGAGCUACCAAAUUAAAGGAGACCGCAGAAGAAGAGAAGGAUGAUUUGGAAGAGAGGCUUAUGAAUCAGUUAGCAGAACUUAAUGGAAGCAUUGGGAAUUAUUAUCAGGAUAUCACAGAUGCCCAAAUAAAAAAUGAGCAACUAGAAUCUGAAAUGCAAAAUCUUAAAAAGUGUGUGAGUGAACUGGAAGAAGAAAAGCAGCUGUUAGUCAAGGAAAAAACUAAAGUGGAAUCAGAAAUACGAAAAGAAUAUUUGGAGAAAAUACAAGGUGCCCAGAAAGGAUCUAGCAAUAAAAGCCAUGUGAAGGAACUUCAGGAGCUGUUAAAGGAAAAACAGCAAGAAGUUAAGCAGUUGCAGAAGGACUGCAUCAGGUAUCAAGAGAAAAUUAGUGCUCUGGAAAGAACUGUUAAGGCCUUAGAAUUCGUUCAGUCUGAGUCCCAAAAAGACUUGGAAAUAAGCAAAGAAAAUCUGGCUCGAGCUGAUGAAUUGCGUAAGAAGGCACAAGCAGAAUUAGCUAGCUUCAGAGUAUUUCUGGAUGACACUCAAAGUGAAGCAGCUCGGGUCCUAGCAGACAACCUUAAGCUGAAGAAGGAACUUCAGACCAAUAAAGAAUUAGUUAAAAGCCAAAUGAAACAAAAGGAUGAUGAUCUGGAGCGAAGACUGGAGCAGGCAGAAGAUAAACACCUGAAAGAGCAGAAGAAUAUGCAAGAGAAACUGGAUGCUUUGCGCAGAGAAAAAGACCACUUGGAAGAGACUUUUGGAGAAAUGCGGGCUACUUGGAACAAAAAGGACACAGAAGUUAAACAACUUCAGGAAAACCUGGACAGUACUGUGGCCCAGCUUGCAGCCUUCACUAAGAGCAUGUCUUCCCUCCAGGAUGAUCGAGACAGGGUGAUAGAUGAAGCCAAAAAAUGGGAGAGGAAGUUCAUUGAUGCCAUCCAAAUCAAAGAAGAUGAACUUAGACUCAAAGAGGAGAACUGCAGUGUUCUAAAAGAUCAGCUUAGGCAGAUGUCCAUCCAUAUGGAGGAACUGAAGAUUAACAUUUCCAGGCUUGAACAUGACAAGCAGGCUUGGGAGACCAAGGCCCAGACAGAGGUUCAACUUCAACAGAAGGUCUGUGAUACUCUACAGGGGGAAAACAAAGAACUUUUGACGCAGCUUGAAGAGAUUCGGUAUCUGUACCACAACUCUCAGAAUGAACUAGCUAAGUUGGAAUCAGAACUUAAGACCCUCCGAGACCAGUCGACUGAUUUAAAUAGCUCUUUAGAAAAAUGUAAUGAAAGCAAAGAAAACUUGGAAGUGAUUGUAAAACAGCAAGAAGCUGAUAUACAACAUUAUAAAUUCAGUUAUGAACAACUAGACACUGAUCUUCAGGCCUCCAGGGAACUGACCAGUAGGCUACAUGAAGAAAUAAACAUGAAAGAGCAGAAGAUUAUAAGCCUACUUUCUUCCAAAGAAGAGGCAAUCCAGGUAGCUAUUUCGGAGCUGCAUCAGCAACACGAUAAAGAAAUUAAAGAAUUGGAAAAUAAGUUGUUCUGUAAGGAACAAGACAAUAAAAAAACUGUUGACAAAACCAGUCAGCUUAUGGAAACGCUGAACACCAUCAGAAAGGAAAGCAUUCAGCAGAAGGCUCAAUUGGACUCUUUUGUUAAAUCCAUGUCUUCUCUGCAAGAUGACAGAGAUCGUAUAGUAGGUGACUAUCAGCAGCUGGAAGAAAGACAUCUUUCCGUAAUCUUAGAGAAAGACCAAGUCAUCCAAGAUGCUGCUACUGAGAAUAAUAAGCUUAAGGAAGAAAUUAGAUCCUUGAGAAGUCAUAUGGAUGACCUAAAUUCUGAGAAUGCCAAGCUAGAUGCAGAAUUGAUUCAAUAUAGAGAAGACCUGAACCAAGUGAUAUCGAUAAAGGACUGUCAGCAAAAACAACUCCUUGAAGCUCAACUUCAGCAGAAUAAGGAGCUGAAAAGUGAAUAUGCUAAAUUAGACAAAAAGCUGAAGGAAUCUGAGGAUGCAAAGGAGGAUAUGCAGAGGUCCUUUGAUGCCCUACAAGAGGAGAAGCAAGGUUUAUCUAAAGAGAUUGAGAGAUUGAAAAUAACUAUAUCCCAACUAAAGGGACAGUUAAUAGCUCUGCAAGAAGAAGGUACUCUAGGAAUAGUUCAAGCUCAAUUAAAAGUAAAGGAAGAAGAAGUACAGAAAUUAAGUACUACCCUUUCCUACUCUCAGAACAGAAUCACAGAACUGGAAAAAGAAUUGGUUCAUGUUCAGAAGGAAGCAACUAAGAAGGUAGAUGAAAUUGAAGAUAAACUGAAGAAAGAAUUAAAGUAUCUUCACCAUGAUGCAGGGAUAAUGCGAAAUGAAACUGAAACAGCAGAAGAGAGGGUGGCAGAACUAGCACGAGAUUUGAUAGAGAUGGAACAGAAGUUACUUGUGGUCACCAAAGAAAAUAAAGAUCUCACAGCACAAAUUCAGUCGUUUGGAAAGUCUAUGAAUUCCCUGCAGAAUAGUAGAGAUCAUGCCAAUGAGGAGCUCGAUGAACUGAAAAGGAAAUAUGAAGCCAGUCUGAAGGAAUUGGCCCAGCUGAAAGAAAAACAGGGCCUCCUAAGCAUAGAGAGAGAGGUUUUUGUUUCUACAGCUGCCUUUCCAAAGAGCUCCACUGAGUAUAACAGCUUGUCUCACCUUGAGAAACUUAACCAACAGCUCCUAUCCAAAGAUGAACAACUGCUUCACUUAUCCUCACAACUAGAGGAUUCAUACAGCCAAGUGGAUUCUUAUUCCAAGGCUAUGGCCAAUUUGCAGAAUGAGAGAGAUCACUUACUGAAUGAGCUGGACAGAUUCCGCAAGUCAGAGGAGGGGAAGCAGUGGUCCGCAGCCCCACAUGCAGCCAGCCCACCUGAAGUACAGAGUUUAAAAAAAGCCAUGUCAUCACUCCAAAAUGACAGAGAUCGACUACUGAAGGAAUUGAAGAAUCUGCAGCAGCAAUACUUACAGAUGACCCAGGAGAUCACUGAGUUGCGUCCACUGAAGGCUCAACUUCAGGAAUAUCAAGAUAAAACAAAAACCUUUCAGAUUAUGCAAGAAGAGUGCAGGCAGGAAAACCUCGCCUGGCAACAGGAGCUGCAUCAGCUUAGAAUGGAAAAGAGUUCUUGGGAAGUGCAUGAAAGAAAGAUGAAGGAGCAGUACCUUAUGGCUAUCUCAGACAAAGAUCAGCAACUCAGUCAUCUGCAGAACCUUAUUAGGGAGCUGAGGACUUCUUCCUCUCAGAUGCAGAACCUCCCAGUACAAUACCAAAGACAGGCAUCUCCAGAGAUACCUCCUUCCUUAGAUGGGUCACAAAACCUAGUUUAUGAGACAGAACUUCUCAAGACCCAGCUCAAUGACAGUUUAAAGGAAAUGCACCAAAAGGAAUUACGAAUUCAGCAACUGAACGGCAAGUUCUCUCAGCUACUUGAAGAGAAAAAUACCCUUUCGAUUCAGCUCAGUGAUACCAGUCAGAGUCUCCGUGAGAACCAGCAGCAUUACAGUGACCUUUUAAAUCACUGUGCAGUUUUGGAAAAACAAGUUCAAGAGCUGCAGGCGGAGUCAGUAACUAUGGAUGUUGCUCCAGGAGCUCCCCAGGAAAACAAUGGAACUCAAAGAAAGAAUGAUCCUGAGGAACUGAGGCAGCCACAAUUAAGGUGGGAACACAGUGGAUGGGACUAUGUCCGGACACCUAUCAUUGGCUCCUGUGGCACCCAAGAGCAGGCGGUGGUACUAGACCUUCCAGACAUCAGUUGUGGAAGGACCCGAAGUGGUGCGGGAUGGAAGCGGAUCCUGCGUUCGCUCUGCUAUUCCCGGACCAGAGUGCCACUGCUCGCAGCCAUUUACUUUCUAAUGGUUCAUGUCUUGCUACUUCUGUGCUUCACAGGCCAUUUAUAA